AUGGCUAAGGAGCGGCUCAUAGACGAAGACAAAUACCCACUUGUGUCGAUUUCCUCAGUCUUCACUAAACCACCUGUGCAGAUCUGCUUCUAUCUGGAUGAAGCCAGCGUGGUCAUAAUGCACACUAUUAAGACGGUAGAGACUCAAGUUCCCUUCCUUAAAGAAAGUUUCUUCAUGUCAACCUUCAAAGGCAGGAGGAAGAGCAGUGUCACACACAUCCUACAUAAACAGCAGCACUCACUUCUGAAUCAACAGCAGUGCAUUUUAGAGCACCAGCAGCACAGUCCUCAGCAUUUUAAUCCCAGCCCAGUUGAAAAUGGAGCAGGACAACAAACUCCUGAGCAUCAGCGGCUUGCUCGCUCUGUCAGCAGUCCGUUAUGCAAGACACCCGAGCUCGCGCGAGCAGAUGGGGAAAGGAAGGAGGGGCAAAAGGAGAGAAAGGCUCACAUAGGAAGUGAGGAUGUGCAGGGGAGGGGAGGGGAGCGUGCAGCUGUCAGAGCCAGUUCCCUCCUCCUCUCAGCAUCAGCAGAGCUGGGGGAGCUGGCAUCAUCCUCACAACUGCCAUUAACUGUGGUGGGAAGACAGCAGGGAUUAGCUAGCUCUGGGAGAGCUCUAGCAAACCAAGGACCAUCAACAGCAGCAGCCCAGGACGAAUCCCAUUAUGCCCCGGCCCGACCCCAGCAGCAUGGCCUGCUAGCCAAGGGUGUUCGUCUACUCAGGAAUAUGGGCAACCAGGAAACCAAGCAAAGGAAAGCAGGGGGAAGUGGUGGAGCAACAGGGGAUGUCUCCUUUGAGGGUGAAGCGGAAGAGAGAGAAGUGGAGAAACAAUCCAAGAAAUCCCACAAUAAGAUAAGUAAAGGAGGAGGUGACCAUGGCAGUAAGAAGAAACAAAAGUCAGAGUCAAAGGGUUCUAUGUUUUCUGGAAUGAAGAUCAGGAAGAGUUUAUCCAAGGUAAAAGGUUUGUCUAAGGAUGACACGUUAGAAGAUGCAAGACCAGAACAUGUUGGCAGAGCUGAGACAAAGCCUGGUGCAGAAGCUAGCCAUUCUGCGGUUGAUAUGGGCAUGUUAUCAGAUACCGAGAGGGAUCUCAGUCGUUUGACUAAAAACAGUCCACCGUCUGUGGAGGGGUUUGGCCGAAAGAUGAGCUCUGGGUCGGAUGCUGACCUGUACAGCUUUCACUCUGCAUCAGCUGAAACUGAAGAUUUAUUUUCUGAUAUCCAGCAAACCAUUCGAAAUCAAGGUGUGGUCAGUGACAUGCUGAUGGAAAUUGCACCAAGCCCUUCAAAUGGAGGGCUGACUUCCAAGACAGUCACAUCUCCCCAUCUGGAAAAGAGGUCGUUCUUCUCAUCUGUUAAUGAAAGUGUAGCUCAACAACUGCAAUCUAAGAAAGUAGAGACUGAUAACACUGAAAUACCCAUAACAAGAAAUUCAUCGACCGAGAGUGGUCCAUCAUCUUCAGCUGAGAGAAGCAGUGGCAGCAUUUUCCCUAAAACUAACAGCACUCUCAGCUUCCAGGACACUACUCCCACCACCACCACCAACACCUCAUAUGAGAGUGCUGAGGAGCCCCAAGAUGAUCUGGAGAGCCCAGAUCUGGUUGUAGAGCCAACUCAAGAAAACUGGGCUUCACAGAACAAAAUCACUUGCUUGUCAUCUGGCCUGUUGGAUCCUAUAUUUACAGGAACAAGCUCUAUUGGAACUCACAAGAGUGCAAGCAGCUUGGACCUGUCUGUUGAGAGGGAUGAAGUGGAACGUGCCAGACAAGACUUUCUGUCUCUUAAACGAAGGAAGAGUAGCAUGUCCAUCAGCUAUCUGACAGUAGACAGUCCCCCUGUCUCCCAGACUCGACGGACAUCUGCAAACUCCCCUACAUCUGUCAAACUCUACCCUCCGGUCCACCCAUCCUAUGUUAAGACAACCACACGGCAGCUCACGUCUCCAGUUGGUUCCCCCCUCACCAGUCCCAAUGUGCCACGGAAAACUGAUAACACUGAGUCCGUGGACUCCAGCAGAGCCGAGGGGUCACUUAGGCGCAAGCUGAGGUCUUGCUCCAUCACGGGGACCCAUAGUGACUGGUCUGAAGACCUAGAUGAGCUGGGAAGAGAUGAAAAUUCUGUGACUAAAUCCUCAGAGCAGGAACCCGCAGACAAGAGUAACACAAGUGGUAUCUACUGGACUUUAGGUUCAAAGAGAUCACAUUAUGGGAGGAAGAGCUCAACUUCUACAACAUCCUACCUGGAUGUUUUCUCUGGUCGUACCCUGUUGGACAGGCUUUGUUUACAUCACGGAAAUGGGUCUGCAGAGGAGGAAGCAAAAGAAAUGUGUCACCGAAUGCUGGUGUAUGGUCUGCUGCAGCCCUUCACUGACAGUACCACGGAGCACCACAGCGAUGGGACAGUCUCAGCUGUCUUCAAUGAGGAGCAGCUGUACACCUGGGCAUCGGUGGGCCUCCCGGUGUCUUCCCACCUGUGGGAACUCUAUGGGGGGCGGACUUCAGGCCGUGUGCAGCGUUUGAGAUCCCCUUUGCAUAGAUCGACCAAAACCCCUGGUGCUCUGCACUUUCAGACAGAAUCCAGUAGGUUGAAGUCAGGUCUGUCAUCCUCAGAAGAUGAAAACGGUGUCAUCCCUCACCUGGAGAAAACAAUUGAUGAUCUGCAGGCUAAGAUUGCUGCGAUGCAGGACCAGCAGGCCUCCUCUGCGAAGAGCGCUGGAGAUAAAACAGGAGCCAUAGGUAGUGGGCACCUCAAAAUGCUGCAGAUGAGGGAAGGAAGACCGGAGAAGAUGAGCCAGGAGGUUUCUGUUCAGACCUCACCUGUGGAUGACGGGUUCAAGUUUGAUGUGCCUUUGAACAAAGGAUCCUCCAUCCCCAAAUCUAGAGAAAGUUUUGUGUGCACUUGCCAGCAGAAGCAACAGAGCACCCCCCACCCUGUUCCUCCACCUCCCUUAAUCACAGGCAGUAUGCCCCCACCACCUCCACCUUUACCAGGGGCAGCCAUCCCUCCACCUCCACCCCCACCUCCUCCUUUACCUGGUGUUGGGCCCUGUCCACCUCCACCCCCUCCUCCUCCUCCUCCACCAGGUUUUGGACCUCCACCCCCACCUCCUCCACCACCAGGUAUGGGUCCUCCCCCUCCACCUGGAAUGGGCCCCCCUCCUCCGCCCCCACCCCCAGGCUUUGGCCCUCCGCCACCACCAGGUCCCAUGCCGUCCAUGAUGCUCCAGGAAACUGGCCCUGCCAAGGCUAUGAUAGAGCCCCCCAAGCCAAUGAAGCCACUGUACUGGACCCGGAUUCAGAUCCCCACAAAAAAAAGUACUGGCUCACUGGUGUGGGAAAACAUUGAAGAACCCACAGUAGAUUUUGAAGAAUUUGUGGAACUUUUCUCCAAAAGUGCCGUCAAGGAGAAGAAGAAGCCCAUUUCGGACACAAUCAGCAAGUCAAAGGCCAAACAGGUUGUGAAACUGUUGAGCAACAAGCGUUCACAGGCUGUCGGCAUCCUGAUGUCCAGCAUUCAUCUUGAUAUGAAAGACAUUCAGAAUGCCGUCCUAAAUAUGGACAACACUGUUGUUGAUCUGGAGACUCUGCAAGCCCUUUAUGAAAAUAGAGCUCAAGAUGAUGAAAUGGAUAGCAUCAAAAAGCACAUGAAAUCAGCCCAGAACAAGGAGGAUGCCAAGCCACUGGACAAGCCAGAGCAGUUUCUAUUGCAACUAUCACAAAUCUCCAAUUUUUCUGAGCGUGUGUUUUGCAUUCUAUUUCAAUCAACUUUCCACGAGUGUAUCACCUCAAUCAUGCGCAAAAUUGAAAUUCUGCAGAGAGUUUGCAAGACUCUGCAUAGUAGUAAGGGUGUGAUGCAGGUCCUUGGCCUUGUGUUGGCUUUUGGCAACUUCAUGAAUGGAGGAAAUCGGUCGAGAGGGCAGGCUGAUGGCUUCUCUUUGGAUAUCCUACCAAAACUAAAGGACGUCAAAAGCAGUGAUAACUCCCAGAGUCUUUUGUCCUUCAUCGUUGCUUACUAUCUGAAUCACUUUGAUGAGGAUGCUGGCAGGGAAACCUGUAUCUGUCCUCUGCCUGAGCCCCAGGACCUUUUCCAGGCCUCCCAGAUGAAGUUUGAGGACUUUCAAAGAGAUCUCCGCAAAUUGAGGAAAGACUUAAAUGCAUGUUCAGCUGAAACAGACAAGGUUUGCAAGUUAUCCUCUGAAGACAGCCUGCAGCCCUUCAAGGACAAGAUGGACGAAUUUCUCAGUCAAGCCAAAACUGAGCUGGAAAUGGAGGAGAAGCAGCUCGUAGACACUCAGCAGAUCUUUUUGGAGUUGAGUGUGUCCUUCUCAGUUAAACCCAAGGCAGGAGAGAAGGAAGUCUCUCCAAACACAUUUUUCUCCGUUUGGCAUGAAUUUUCUACAGAUUUCAAAGAGCAGUGGAAGAAACACAAUAAGCUGAUAUUACAAGAACGGGUGAAAAAGGCAGAGGAGAGCUUCAAGCAGGCCAGGCAGAAGGCAUCAUACAAUGUGACAUCGAAAAAUGCCUCUGGAAUAGUACGUUUGUCUUUUUUAUGUGUGUGUGUUAUUUUCUCCAAU